AUGAGCGGAUUUCUUGAGGAUCUUAGUUACAAGCAAAACCAGGCUCUUGAUGAUUUCAAGCGGCGCAUUCAGGACAUCUGGAAGGAGGAGUUCACGGACUCAUUCUUACUUAGAUGGCUCAGAGCUCGAGAAUUCGACGUCAACAAAGCAGAGAAUAUGCUACGCAAGAAUCAGGCCUGGCGGAUUGACAACGGCAUAGACUUGCUACUUCAGACCUACCAGUGGCCACCGGUAUUGAAACGCUACAUGCCAGGUGGAUUGUGCAGCCACGACCGAGACUGCCGGCCCCUCUGGAUAAUGCGCACUGGCAAUGCUGACUACAAAGGAAUGUUGCAGUGCGUGUCAAAGGAGGACAUGCUCAAAGCAUGCUUCUACCAACUUGAACUGAUCCUAGCGGAUUUAAAAAGUCAAAGCUUCAAGCACAACAAAAAUGUAAAAACCUUUACCGUUUUGUGCGAUUGCGAAAACUUCAGCCUGAAGCAGAUAUAUAGUGUCAAUGUGAUCGAGUUUUUAAGAGAGAUUAUAGUUAAGUUUGAGGAGAACUAUCCAGAGACUCUGGAACGAUGUCUGGUCAUCAAUGCUCCCAGCUUCUUUCCACUUUUUUGGAAGAUUAUUCGACCUUUCGUGUCAGAAAAAACAGCAACAAAGAUGGAAAUAUUCUCACAAGUUGGAUGGCAGCCCGUCUUAUUCAAAUAUGUGGAACCCUCUGAGCUUCCAGCUUAUUGGGGCGGAAAACUUUUUGGACCGAAUAAUGACCCCGAGUGUUCCCACGAGAUUGGACGUGGAGGCCAGGUACCCGAGGAGCUUUACUUAAGGAAUGGGCCGAGGGUCUCUGAUGACCGAGACUCGACAACUUGCUCUCUGGAACGAGGCCAGAGCCUCGAAGUGCCUGUGGAAGUGACACGCGCCGGCAGCACCCUGCGUUGGAAGUUUCAGACGAGCCCUGGGCACGACGUGGACUUCAGCAUCACGCGCAGCGUCAGAGGAGACGCGAAACAAGGAGAGCAGGUCAGGCAGGUCGCCAGAAUCAAGUGCGACCUCGUGCCGGAAACUGGUCAGCUGGAAAACCUCGCGAUCGGAUCAUAUAUUUUCAAGUUUGACAACAGCUACAGUUGGUUCGCCAAGAAGCAGCUUUCUUAUAUUUUGCAAGUUGGGGAUCCUGAAAACUCACUUGUGCCACGCAGUUGA